ACCGGGUGAGCGGCAGCGGGCGCCAUAUUGUCUUGUUCGUGAAGACGAGGAGUAAGGGGGAGGAAGCUGCGGUGGCGGUGAAGGAGACGAAGGGGCGCCACCUGUGACUGGCGAGGGGAGGAGAGGGAACAUAAUACCUAAAGAAUUAAAGAUGUGGGAUCAAGGUGGACAGCCUUGGCAGCAGUGGCCUUUGAACCAGCAACAGUGGAUGCAGUCCUUCCAGCAUCAGCAAGAUCCAAGCCAGAUUGAUUGGGCUGCAUUAGCUCAGGCAUGGAUUGCCCAACGGGAAGCCUCGGGGCAGCAGAGCGUGGUGGAACAACAAGGAAUGAUGCCAAAUGGACAGGAUAUUUCCGGAAUAGAGCCUGGUCCAAACAACCAUGGUAAUUUUCAGGGGGAUCCCAACUUCAACAGAAUGUGGCAGCCAGAAUGGGGAAUGCCUCACCAACCUCCACAUCCACCUCCAGAUCAGCAGUGGAUGCCUCCAGCCCCUGGUCCAAUGGAAAUUGUUCCUCCAUCUGAAGACAGCAACAGUCAGGAUAGUGGGGAAUUUGCCCCUGACAACAGGCAUAUAUUUAACCAGAACAAUCACAACUUUGGGGGACCACCUGAUAACUUUGCAAUGGGGCCAGUGAACCAGUUUGACUAUCAGCAUGGGGCUGCUUUUGGUCCACCCCAAGGUGGAUUUCAUCCACCUUACUGGCAGCCAGGACCACCAGGGCCACCAGGUCCCCCAGCACCUUCAGCGCCUCCCCAGAACCGAAGGGACAGGCCCUCGUUCAGAGACCGUCAACGUUCACCCAUCGCGAUGCCUGUGAAGCAGGAGCCUCCACAGAUUGAUGCUGUGAAACGUAGAACCCUUCCUGCUUGGAUUCGUGAGGGUCUGGAAAAGAUGGAACGAGAAAAGCAGAAAAAGCUGGAGAAAGAGAGAAUGGAACAGCAACGUUCUCAGAUGUCUAAAAAAGAAAAAAAAGCAAGUGAGGAAGCUGAAGAAGGAGAUGGCCCACGGUUACCUCAGAAAAGUAAAUUUGACAGUGAUGAGGAAGAAGACGACAUCGAAAACACAGAAGCUGCAAGUGUUGAAAUUAGUAGGAGCCCCUCUCCUGCUCCUCAGAGGGAGCAAAAAGUGAACCAAAAGACAGAAGAAGAAAAGGAGUAUCAAAUGAUGAUGUUGACAAAACUGCUGCUGACAGAGAUUCUUUUAGAUGUCACAAAUGAAGAAAUUUAUUAUGUAGCCAAAGACGUACAUCGUAAAGCAACUAAAGCUCCUGCAAAACAGCUGGCACAGUCCAGUGCACUGGCUUCCCUCACUGGGCUCGGUGGACUGGGUGGUUAUGGAUCAGGAGACAGUGAAGAUGAGAGGAGUGACAGAGGCUCUGAAUCAUCUGAUACUGAUGAUGAGGAACUACGACACAGAAUCAGGCAAAAACAGGAAGCAUUCUGGAGAAAAGAGAGAGAACAGCAACUAUUACUAGAAAAACAGCUAGAAGAAGAAAAACUACAAAAUGAAAAAAUUGCAAAAGAGAUGAAUGAAUUCAUUAAUAAAGAGCAAAAUAGCAAUUCAGCACCACAGGAAGCGAAGGAAACAGAGGAUGAUGUGUUUAAUGAAAAGAAAAGAUCUCCAGGUGAAACUGCACCAGAUAUAGAACCCAAAAAAGAGGUUAAAGAAAAAGAGAGAACAGGAAGGAGUAGGUCAAGAAGUUCUUCUAGUGGUACCACUAGCAGCAACAGUAGAAGCAGUAGUAGCAGCAGUACUGUAUCUAGUACAUCAUAUAGUACAAGCUCAGGUAGUAGCCGCAGUUCUUCACGGUCUUCCUCUCCUAAAAGGAAGAAGAGACGUAGUCACAGUAGAUCUCCAUCACAUAAAAUUAGGCGCAGCAGAAGUAGGAGUUAUUCUCAUAGAAAUAGGAGAGAGAGGAGUAGAAGUAGGGAAAAGGUAAGAGAAAGGAGAAGGUCUAGUAGAAAUAGCAUGGACAAGGGAGAGAGACGAAAAAAUCGUAGUCCUUCCCGGGAAAGAAGUUGGGAGAAGCAUAGAAGCAGUAGUCACUCAAGGGAUAGGCGAGCUAGUCGUGCUAGUCGCAGCAGGAGUCGAGGUAGGCGUAAAAGUGAUGACCAACAUAGAAGUCUUAGUGGAAAUAGGCACAAGCACAAGGGUGACGGUAAAGAUCAAGAGAGGAAAAAGGAACGAAGUAGGAGCAUAGAUAAAGAUAGGAAGAAGAACAGAGAACGGGAGAGAGACCAGGAGAAAAGAAAAGAGAAGCAAAGAAAAGAAGAAAAAGACAGUAAGUCUGGCAAUCAUGAUGAAAGUAGAUUAAAGAGAAAAAGAGAUAGUGAAAGAGCUCUCUCUCGCAGCAAUUCAAUGUCUGCUAAAAUUUUAAGACAGGAUUCUAGACAGGAAAGCAAAAAAAGUUCUACCAAAGAUAGUAAAAGACAUUCAGGCUCUGAAUCUAGUGUCAGGAGCAGUUCUGAAUCACCAGGAAGCAGCAAAGAAAAGAAGGCUAAGAAAUCAAAGCAUAGUCGGUCACGAUCCAUGGAGAAAUCUCAAAGGUCUGGUAAGAAGGCAAGCCGCAAACACAAGUCUAAGUCACGAUCAAGGUCAACCACCCCUCCUCGUCGUAAACGCUGAGGAAUGAUGUGGCACCAGUGAUAUGACAUUAAAAAAUUCCAUGAGUUUUAAGGGCUUGUCUCAUUAUAGAGGCACAUUGUGGCUGUGUAGGUGAAACCAGAAUCCUUUUUUAAACUGUAAAUAGGUGUAUUUUUUUCCAAAUGCUGCUCAGUUAAAUAAUAGGAUUUCUUUGUAUUGCAAUUUUUUCAGAAACAGUAGUGCUUAAUAAGAAUAUAAAACAUGCCAUUCUCUUUCAGCUGUAAUGUUCUUAAAAUUACUAUUGAAUGUACUGUGAUGUCAAUAAAGCUCUUUAGUUCAUUUUUGUUUAAAAUUCUUGCACCUUAAUUUUACGUGUUAGAAUAUAGAUAGUACUUUUUUUUAAAAGGCAGCUGUUUUUUUGUAUAACAAAUCUUAAAAAAUACUUUGAAAAAAGUUUUUAACAUCUAUCGUUUUUCAAAGUAUGUGAGGUUUUUUGGUUUUGAUUUUGUUUUGGUCCAGGGAUUUAAGAUUAAUCAAUUGGGUGGGGUUGGGGAGAAAAAGGAAUAGACUUCUAAUUAUUUUUUUCUUUAGAUGAAAACGUCUUAACAUUUUUACAGUUCUCUUUCUUUUUUGGACUGUCAAGUAACAUAUGCUAUGUGUGUAAAAUAUAGAUCAUUCUGUAAUAUGAGAGAUGCUAAACCCAACCGAGCACCAGUAGGAAUAUGUGCAAGUAACUGAUUAAGUGCACCAUGAAUGUUCAGCUUUGGAACUAUAUUCCUCAAUCAACCACUUCUAUUUUGUAUUCAAACGCUACUUAAUCCUGGUUGGAAUAUAAAAUAAUGGAUAAUACUCUGCUCUCAAUAGACUAUCGGUUCUCUUAAGAAGGAAAAAUUUUCUGAAGAGUUGUUUAUCUUGACAGUUUAGACAUUUGGGAAUGCGUAGAUUUUUUUUUUCCAAUCAGCUACAAUUAAGUGUAAGAUACACUACUGUGGAAUACAGCUUCCGUGAUGCGCUGCAUUUGGUUUUCAGUCCAGAUCUUGUAUUAUCUGUUCAGUUAAAAAAAAAAAAAAGUGUGAAAGG